AUGUUGCUGGCUUUCGUUAAGGCAUUCUCCAUUCUCAUCAUUUCUUUUCUCUAUUGGUACCUCCAUGUCCCCUGGAAUUUCCCUAAGCUCCCACGUAUACCCUUCUACGUUUCUAUCCUUGGACUAUGGAGUGACAUGGGCCAAGAUGAAAUCUACGAGCGAUGGUUGAGGAAACCACUCGAGAAGCACGGUGCAGUCAUUAUCUGGUUUGGAGGAAGAUGGAGUAUUCUCGCAAUCCGCUCUGAUCUACUUACUGAUAUGUUCCGCAAUGACGAUGUGUACACCAAGGCGGGGAGUCAGCUCAGAACUCCCUGGAGUGUGAUUGCAACUUUGGUGGGAGAUAACAUCAUCACUGCACAUGGAGAUACAUGGAGGCUAUAUACCUCGAUCAUGAAGCCCGGGAUGCAAAAGAAAACAUUUGAUACCCAGCCAACAUUGAAUAAAUCACGAAGAUUUGUGGAUAAGCUGUUGGAGCAGCAGAAGGAUGCUGGAAAUGGGACUAGUAUAUUGGUUAAUUCGUACGUGCAAAGGUACUGUGUGGAUGUUAUGGGGGAGAACUUUCUGGAUCUGGACUUUCAGUCAUUGGAAAAGCCAGAAGGUUCGGUACUUUUGGAAGCUAUCCAGUCCACCAUCAAACGAACCAUAUUCAGACCAUUAUUCUUCAACUUCCCACACCUGGACAUGUUCCCCUGGCUCUUUAGCUCGCGAAAGGAAGCGUAUCGCAUCAUGCACGAGUUUGAUGAUACCCUCUAUCAUACAGUCCGGGAUAAUCUUGACAGGCGACGAGAAAGGGGGCAAAAUACCGUCGACAUGGUGGCUCACAUGCUAGAAGAAGCGUACAAUGAUGGCAGAAUCACAGAGAAGCAGUUCCGGGAUAAUCUCAAGAUUACAUUCCUAACCGCCCACGAGAACGCCCAGCAGCUGAUGAACUCGACAUUCUGGGUGUUAGGGAAGGAGAAAACCAUCCAAGAUCGACUCCGCGCCGAAAUCCUUCAAACCAACACCACCAUCCCAACAGCGGACAUCGUCAACCGUCUCCCUUUUCUAACAUCCACCCUCUUUGAGCUCCUCCGCCUCUACCCGCCCGUCUCCCAGCUCAUAAAUCGAGUAACUCUCCGUCCCGCCGUUCUGGGCGGUGAAAUUCCCAUUCCAGCACGCACCUUCGUGGGCUGGAACGCCCGCGGCGUACACAUCAACCCAGCAAACUGGGGAGAAGACGCAGGCGAGUUUCGUCCCCAACGCUGGGGAAAGACCGUCGAGGAGAUGCAUGCGAAAUUCAGACGGGAGACAGUGCGGGGGACAUAUAUCCCGUUUAAUGCGCAUACGAGAAAGUGUCUCGGGCAAGGUUUUGUGCUGUUGCAGAUGAAGAUUCUGCUGUUUGAGUUGCUGAGACGGGUGGAAUGGACGGUUGACCCGUCUUAUAAGCUGAAGCUGACUUCUGUAAGUUCGGUUUUCUUUCGUAUAUGA